AGGUUAUCGAGACAAUAACAGUUUUAAAGAACUUUACGGAAAAUUUCUUAUGCAUCUAAUUAUGUGGAUUUGAGAUUAUUUUAACCUUUAGUUUUAACAAAUGAAGCAAAUUCUUUUAAUAUAAAUAGAUAAAUAUUUCAGUUACUAGAGAAAUAAAACAAACUCUAAAUGUCUGCUGAAGUUUUAGGUGUUCUUCCUUUUGUUCGAGGAAUUGAUUUAUCUAAAAAUGACUUUAAUAAUUCAUUUCCCUCUCGCCUAAUAUCGAUGACAAAUCUUCGAUGGUUAAGACUUGACAAAUCAAAUCUAUCAAAAGUUCCAGAAGAAAUUUGCCAAUUAACUAAAUUAGAGCAUCUUUCAUUAGUGAAAAAUAAUUUAAACAGCUUACAAAUUGAUGUGGCCAACUUACCAAAUUUAAAAGUAAUUAAUGCUCGUCAUAAUCACCUCAAGAAUGCAAGUAUUCCCAAUGAAGUCUUUGCUCUUGAAGAUUUACUUACUAUGGAUCUAAGCUACAACCAGAUAAUUGAGAUUCCAGAGGAAUUAGAGAAUGCAAGCGAAUUGCUUGUACUUAACUUGAGUAACAACAGAUUAACAUCCAUUCCAAAUCAGCUCUUUAUGAAUUUGACUGAUUUGAUCUUUCUCGAUAUCAGCAGCAAUUCAUUAGAGACUGUACCUCCACAAUUGCGAAGAUUGACCAACCUUCAGACACUGAUUUUGAAUAACAAUCCACUCAUGCAUGCACAAUUACGACAACUACCUUCUUUAACACAGCUUCAUACUCUUCAUCUUAGAAAUACGCAACGUACUCUUUCUAACAUGCCAAACAAACUCGAUAAUAUUGAAACUUUAACAGACUUGGAUAUUUCCCACAAUGAUUUGCCAAGAGUUCCAGAGUCUAUUUAUCGGAUGAAUAACUUAAAAAGACUUGAUUUAAGUCACAAUCAGAUUACCGAGUUAUCUUCCUUAGUAGAUUCAUGGUCAAAGUUAGAAACAUUGAAUGUUGGAAGAAACCAACUUACUGGCUUACCGGCAACUAUUUGCAAGUUGACUAACUUAAAGAGAUUAUAUACAAAUAGCAAUAAAAUUAAAUUUGAGGGUAUACCAACAGGCAUUGGCAAACUUUUAAACUUGGAGGUGUUUAUGGCUGCAUGGAAUCAAUUAGAAUGCAUUCCAGAAGGGCUUUGCAGAUGCCUAAAACUGAAAAAACUUAUUUUGCAUUCAAACUGCUUAGUUACACUACCUGAAGGCAUUCAUUUCUUGACAAAUUUGGAGACAUUAGAUACACGAAACAAUCCCAAACUAGUGAUGCCUCCAAAACCGGUUUCCAAUAGUGAAGUAGAUGCAGAGUUUUAUAAUAUAGACUUUUCUUAUCAUGCUCAAUUACGUCUUGCUGCAGGUCAAUCUCCAGCUAAUACACAAAGUAAAGACCCUAUUGCAAGAAAGAUGAGACUUAGAGGGAGAAGAUAUCAAUCAGCUUCUGAAACUGAUAAAAAGUUAAAAGGUAUGGUUGAGAGUGUGGAGGAAAAAAAGCAUAAGAAAAUUCGAAAGGAUGAAGGUGGAAAUGAAGUUUUUCAAGAUGCUCAUCGCCUUAAGGCAGGAAAGCGAUGGGAUCAAAAUCUUGCUAAACCAAAUUUAAACUAUGCAGAUAUUUUCCAAGAUGAUGUUGGUAUGGAAUCAGGGUUAUUAAUUUGGGUUAUUGAAAAUUUUUUGCCUACACCAUUAGAAGAAGCAUUUUUUGGAAAGUUUUAUGAUGGUGACUGUUACAUUAUUUUAAAGUCAGAAUACAGUGAUGCUGGUAUUCUUAAUCAUAAAAUUUACUAUUGGAUUGGUCAACAUUGUACUCUUGACAAAAAAGCAUGUGCUGCAAUUCAUGCUGUUAAUUUACGAAAUCUUCUUGGUGCAGAAGGUAGAACAUUAAGAGAGGAGCAGUCUGAUGAAUCUGAAGAAUUUUUGGAUUUGUUUGAUUCGUGUGUCUCAUAUAUUGAGGGAGGAAAUAACAGUGGUUUUUAUAGUGUUGAAGAAGCUGUGUAUACCACUCGUUUGUAUCGUCUAUAUGGAAGUCAAGGAAUUUCGGUAGAACCUGUUGCAUUAAGUUGGGAGUCACUUGAUCCAAAUUAUGUUUUUGUGUGUGAUGCUGGUUUAAAGAUUUUUGUAUGGUCUGGAUCAAAGGCUAAGCUAAUGUAUAGAACAAAAGGAAGACUAUUUGCUGACAAAAUCAACAAAAAUGAGAGAAAAAACAAAGCUGAAAUUAUGCAAGUUUUUGAAGAUGAAAUUGAUGAUUUCAUGGAUUUUUGGAAUCUUAUAGGUGGUCCACCUAAGGCUCGUCUUAAGGAAAAAUAUGAAUACCAAUACUUUACUCCUAAACUUCCAAUAUUAUAUAAAGUUGGACUUGGGAUGGGUUAUUUAGAGCUUCCUCAAGUCGAGAUUCCCAGAAAGAAACUGAGACAAGAAUUGCUUGAUACAAAAAGUGUUUAUAUUCUAGAUUGUUGGUCCGAUGUUUUUAUUUGGAUAGGAAGACGAUCUGCUCGAUUAGUACGAGCUGCUGCUACCAAGUUGGCUCAAGAGUUGUCAGAAUUUUUACCUAGACCAGAAUAUGCAUUAGUUACUCGUAAUCUAGAGGGCGUAGAAAAUUCUGUCUUCAAAAGCAAAUUCAAUGGUUGGGAUGACGUCUUAAGUGUUGAUUUUACAAAAACUGCAAAAUCUGUUUCUGCUUCAAGAGCUGAAAUGGUUGAAAAACAACAGGAGCCUAACAUAGUUCCUCAUCUUGCUCCACCUAAAGUUCAAAAAGUUGAUCUUGCUUCAUUAUUUACUUCACGACAGUUGCCUAUGUCUGAUCAGGAAUGUGAUCAGCUUUCAGAAGAAUGGAAUGAAGAUUUAGAACAGAUGGAAUGUUUUGUUUUAGAAGGAAGAAAAUUUGUUCGUCUACCAGAGGAGGAGUUUGGUUACUUCUAUAGUGCUGACUGUUAUGUUUUUUUGUGUCGCUACUGGGUGCCUCCUGAAGAAAAUGAAGAUGAUGAUGAAAAUGAAGAUGAGCAAGAUGAAGACGAAGAAAAAGAGGAUGAUUUCCAAUGUGUUGUGUAUUUCUGGGAAGGCAGGGAUGCAGGAAAGAUGGGUUGGCUAACAUUCACUUUUAGUCUUCAAAAGAAGUUCGAGGCUUUAUUCGGAGAUAAAUUAGAAGUAGUAAGGACUCGCCAGCAACAAGAAGCACUUAAGUUUUUGUCUCAUUUCAAAGGAAAAUUUAUAGUUGAAAAAGGUCGUCGAAAACAUACGGAAAGGAAUACAACUCCAAGGCUAUUUGAGAUACGUAGCACAAUGGGCAAGUUAACAAGACGAGCUAUGCAAGUGGAAUGUGAUGCUCAAGUAUUGAACUCUAACUUCUGUUUUGUGCUCAAGGUACCUUUUGAUUCUUCUGGAGGGAUUGUAUAUGCUUGGAUUGGUAAGAACUGUUCAGAAGAAGAAUCAACGCAUGCAGAAGAGAUUGCUGGAGAGCUUGCUAAAGAAGGAUUUUCUAUGCAAAUUCUUUUAGAAGGAGAAGAACCAGAAAAUUUUUUUUGGGUAGGGAUUGGUGGAAAGAAAGAUAUUUCAAAGACGGCAGAAUAUGCGACGCAAGCUCGUUUAUUUAGAUGCUCAAAUGAAAAAGGUUUUUUUACUGUGUCGGAAAAAUGUUCGGAUUUUUGUCAGGAUGAUCUGGCGGAUGAUGAUGUCAUGCUGCUUGAUACUGGAAGCGAGCUAUUUGUUUGGAUUGGUGAAACUGCCAGUGACAUCGAGAAAAAGUUGUCAGUGAAAGCCGGUCAAGUUUAUAUGCAGCAUAUAAAAGAACAAAAGUUAGGUCCACAACGAAAGUUACACUUAACUGGAAAACGAAAGGAACCUUUCAUAUUCACGCGAGUUUUUCAUGGAUGGUGUGAUUGGCCCUCAAAGUAACUUGUUUUGCGUCUCAUGACCUAUAGUAAUUAUAAUGCUUUUUGCUAAGUGAUGGCUGAGUUUUUGGUACAUUUUAUACCAUAACUCGAUAUACCAUAUUUUAAUAAAAGCGUUCUUUUUUGAAAUGUAAACUUCGACAUACGAGAGGAAGUGUAACGCGCAUAAGCAUAAAGUUAAGUUUUUGGCUACAAAAAUAACAAAACAGAAAUAGCCAACAUAAUAGAUUCUUAUAUAUAUAAUAUAAAAAUAUAUAUUUUUGAAUAAUUUGUAAUUACUUGUAUAAUUUAUAUUUUUUUAUUCAAUGUACACUUCGUUUUUGGUUUCC